AUAGUCUUCAUCUCUCCUGUAUCAUUAAUUAUUGACCGUGUAACCUGUCAUGGAUCUGGAUACGGAUGCUGUUCAGUCAUUUCACAAGGAAGAACCCGAGAAGGAUGAUUUAGAGUGUGAUCUGUGUAAGAUCUCAUAUUCUCAAGAACAAGAAUUCCGGGAUCAUGCCUGGUCACUCAUGCAUCACAUCAAUAUUGAGAAGAAGAAAAAGGGUUCUACCCACAACUGUACACUGUGUUUUGCCUCCUGUCCAAAUAUAAUAGAGUAUGGCAAACAUCUGAAUGGGGAAAAGCACAAGCGAGCAGCAGAAGGACAAAGACGUCAGAAGGAGAAAGAAACGAUGACCUUUCAGAAAGAGGCACUGCUCAACAAACGUGUACAAGAUGACAUGUUGCCAGUACAACUGGAUAAUGAGGGAAACUUGUCUGACCCAGAGUUAUCUCGUCAUUUUAAGUCAGCACGUCAUGGAAAGUCUCACCAGCGCUCUUCCUCACAGCCCUAUAUCAAAGGGAAGGGCAAAAGCAAAUCUUUCAAAGGAAAAGGCCCAAAGUUGGAUGAUAAAUUUUCAUCACAUGAUAUGCCAAGUUUUUAUCCAAGGGAAAGAAACACUGAUUUUCACGAGGGAGAUCAAAACCAUGCAUUCUGGGAAAAUAAAUACAAUGCGAACUGGGAAAGUGGUGGAUUUGUCCAGCCGUCUGAUCAUGGCUUCCAUAGUCAGUCAAACUGGGACACAUCAUGGUGGGAUGAAAACAACAUGAACUCACAGAGAGACGAGUUGUCUUUCUAUCCCAGGUACCAAACACGUAACUCACAGGACUGGAAACGUGGAAACUCACAGGACUGGCAACGAGGAAACUCACAGGACUGGCAACAUGGAAACUCACAGGACUGGCAACAUGGAAACUCACGUGACCGGUUGCAUGGAAACUCACAGGACCGGCAACGUGGAAACUCACAGGACCGGCAACGUGGAAACUCACAUGAACGGCAACGUGGAAACUCACAUGAACGGCAACGUGGAAAGAAUAAACAAUCUAAAGGGAUAACGCAUAACCGUUGGAACAGGCGUGACAAUUCAAACGAAAGAAAUCGUUACGAUAACCAAGAAGAAGAUCCGUAUUGGAGAAGAGGCUCCCAUUCCAACCGAUAUCACAGGGAUAGACAUGACCACAGCUGGGACCAUACAACAGAGGAAUAUUCAGUAGACAAUCGUUUUGAACAACCAAACCGUGAUUUUCAAGGUCACAUGGCAGAACCACAGCAGGAUUUAUCAAUAGAUAAUGACAUGACAGGUCAGAAACGUAGAUGUACCAGUGAAGAAAAGAGCAAGUCAAAGUCACGUAAGAAAACUGUUAAUUUUGACAAUUCUUCUCAACGACGGAAAAAUUCAGUGGAAAUGGAUUCAGAUAGUCGAGUAAGUAGAGACAGUGGCCUGCCUGAUGAUAUUCAUCUAGGAAAACAGCGUAAAGAAACAGAAAAUGUUGUCCAGAGUGCUCUGGAGCCUGAUAGUACAACAGAGGAAAUGACUCUGGAUAAGAAAACUAACAAGGGCAAGAAAAAGGAAAAGUCAAAGAAAAAGAAGGGUAGUAGUGUGAAACCAGUGGGGGACAUUAUAGACCAUGAUGAUCAGCGAAGCAACAAUGUACUGGAGCAGGCAGAACAACUUUGUAAGGAGCUGAGGGAUAAACGACAACUUGUCAAAAAAGAAAGAGAAAAGAAAGAACGGCAAAAGAAAAUGGAAAAGGCCAAUGAAAUAAAUUCACAAAUAAAAAAUUUAUCUAAGAUAAAUCAAAGUUACCUGAGAGGUCACAUUGCAGGCUGUGAAGAACAGAUCCCCACAGUGGCAGUAGAUAGUGAUAAGUUAUCUAAACCUUCACUUGUCAGGACAAAGACCCAGAAGGAACAUGACAUUGACGAUAUUCGGAAAGGAAUUGAGUCGGUGGUUAAUGCAGGAAAACAGUCAAUGAAGGAGAAAGAAGGGGAAAAAGAUUCAGAUUUAGAAGGGAAAUCAUCUAAGUCCAACCAUGAACCUGUUAUCAAUAAGAAAUCCAGCAAAGGGAGAUCGGACAAGGCUAGUGUUGAAUCAGAAUUAAAGAAGCAGAGCUCAGAUGAGGCUCAGCCACAUGACUCUCAAGUAACCAAGACCUCAGUAUCUGAACAGGAAAGCAGUAAUCCUAUGAGGAUAGGAACAUUUUCACCACUACACCAAGAAAGUCUGAGUCGUCAGAGCAGUAGAGCAAGUUCUGACCUGUCAACAGAUUUGGAUCCUGAAUCUAGCAAGGACACUUUAUUAAAGAUGGUGAAUUCUCCCAGAUCUCGCAAAGAAAGAGAAAAACUUGCUAAAAUGCUCCGAUCCUACGCUUUCUCUCAAAACAAGUUAUCUUUUCCAAGAUUCAAUUUGCAACUUUCUGACUUAAGUGCAGAAUUGGAUGGUGUUGCAACAGAGUUACGACUUGAGAAUUUAUCUGCAGAUGUGCAGCUUCAAAUUGCUGAGUUAAUAGAAGCAGACAUUAAGCCUGAUAUAAGUUCUCUGGAUGCUUUUUUGCUUGAAACUCAAAAGUCCACUUGUGUUGAUCAGGAGCAAGCACAGUCCCCUAACGUUAACAAGAUACUAUCAAAUACUGACAUUGUACCUACACAAGACCUUGUAGACAGGAAUAAACUACAAGAUCCUAAAAGUUCACCGAGCAUGAAAUUAGCUGUUCCCAGUAACUCACCUGUACGUGAGAAAGCAGGUUUUCACCAUCUGAACUCACCAGCAGACAAAGGCACAAGUUAUACGGGUAAUCCCCUUUUAUGCAUAAAAUCUGAAGAACUGAGUGAGCCUGAACAGGAUGUGUCUCUGUCAGAGCCGGCAUGGGCCAUGAACAAAUCAAAUGGUGGCAAGUCAAAAGUGGUUUUGUCGGUACACAAAUCUCAAAACAAGCAUUUGAAAGAUACCAGUGAACCUGUAUCACUGAAGGAUACAGGAGAAACUGAUUAUGUUUCAAGUCAGUUUUCAGUACCUGUGAGUAAAUCACAAAGUGAAUCUCUACCUCUCCAAGUGAAAUCAGAACCAGUGCAACCUAGAAACACUUCCAGUUCGCUCGAGGAAAAGGAGAGUUUGGAAUGUGAGAACCCCAGAUCUCGGACUGACUUUGAACCCUCUAAAUAUAUAUCCAAAUCUGUGGUAUCUGGAGAAAAACUUGAAUUCUCUGUGGAGAAAAGCCUAGAGUCAAGGAAUACUGCUGCCUCCUGUUGGUCAAAAGACAAGUUGGAACCAGUUUGGGGUGGAGAGAUGUCAGAACUAAGUUUAGCAGAUUUGUCUAGCACACCUCUACAGGCUCCAUCGCAGGACCUUGGGUCCACCAAACAACCAGUUGGGUCUCCUCUUUUAUCCAAGAACUCCUACAUACAUCACCGUACUUGGCCCUCAAUUGAUGUGGACAAGGAGACAAUUACUGGGACAAAGGACAGGGAGAACUCUGGGACAGCCAGAACCACAGAGAGUGGGCCUGUUUUAGGCAAAGGAUCAGGUGACACUGCUGCCCUUGUAUCAGUCAACCUUGAAAGAUCCGGGAGAGGAAAGCUAGAUCUUGACCAAGGCAUGACUGGUAAAGUGACAAACAUACUAGGCCCUAGGGUGAAAGACUGUGGUGAGUCUGUUAGUCAGACUCUAGGACAUGAUGACGAUUCCAAACCUGCUGUUGGAAUAAUAGAUCCAACCAAUGCUGCUCAAGAUGAGACUUUUGCUGCCUCUGGAUCAAGCUCCACAUCAGGAAGUGUGUUUGACCUUGUGUAUGAUCUAAGCUUGGAAGAGGACAGUCUAAGACAGGAGAUGACAUCCACAGAGUCUGAGAUCAUGCGCCUCACUGCCCUCAUACAGACAGCUACAGAGCAGCUUUCCACACAAAGAACGCGUCACCUACAGCUGUCUAGAAAGGAGCAGUCCAUUAGAAGUCGUCGAUUACAUGUUCUGAGAGAGGCCAAAAGUCUGCAGAACUUGCCCAUGGAUAUUGCGGCUAAGUCUGUAGAGAGACUGUGUGUAGCUACCUCAGAUGAUGGUCCUGAGAGAGAGAGGGCCUUUAUGACAGACUCUUGUGAUCUUGACUCUAGCAGGGACUCCAACUUUACCAAGGUUUCAGCAUUGUCUUCAUUUUCACAUGAUCAAAAAGGAGCACCAAAGAAUGGCAAUGUUUCCGACAGUCUUCUUGUUUUGAGUGAUUCCUCAGAUUCUAGUGGAAAGCACAAAGGAAUGGGUGGAUUCUCCUCACCUCUAAGUAGUCAGCGAAUCAACCCGGCAAUCUUCCAGGCUCUUCCACCACCUUUACAACCUACUAGAGACAGUGAAGGUUUUAUAGAGCCUAACAAACAUACCCUAAAGACAUUUGAGUCCACUAAGGAAGCUUCAAGGACAACUGAUCGUACCAGAGAUGGUGGGAAGUCAGCUGUUCCUACUAGAGACAUUGUAAGCUCAGGGGAGAUAAGUAAAGAUAAUAUAAAGUCAUUUAAAUCUGAGGAUAAAGAUGUACAGUCAUAUGGUCCUAAUCGAGGCACUGAAAGGUCGGUUGACUUAAUAAAAGACAGUAAGUCAUCAGAGUCUAGUAAAGACUGUGAAGGGUUGCUAGAACAGACCAAGGACACGUCUGGAGUCACCAAGAGUCAGUUUGAGAUUGGCCAGUCUGUGUCAGUUGUAGGAAGUGCAGAACUUAAGGAAUCAGGAUUCAUUACUCUCAAGUCUUUAUUACGGGCCAGUAAUUCAGAGGGGAUAAAGCCAGUGAAGGAACAGGAAAGGUCUGCAUUGACUACCGAUGAUCAAAUAUCUAGUGGUGCUGUGUCCAGCACCACAGUAGAAUUCACGCAACCAAGACUAAAUAAGGUUGCUGAAAAUACACAGCCCAAGGUCAAUGUCCAGUACAUGGGUCAGUUACCUGGCAAUUUGUUUACUGGACAGAAAGAGGAUAUGUUUGAAAAACUUCAGUCUUUUCUAAAGAGCAGCAAAUCUGACCAAGGCUACAGGAGUGAGUCAAGUUUAAAAAGUGAUGAGAUAGUGUUAGAAACAGACUCCAACCAGGACAGUGUUGCUAGUAAUGUGUCUCUUGGGGAAAAGAUACGCCAAUACUGCAAGGAAAACCGCCGAGACUCCACCCAGCUGGACUCUGGCAGUGAUCACACCCUUAAAGGAUCAAACAGUGAGGCUAACAUGCCAGACAGACAACAGAGCAAACCUCCUGUGUCUCCAUCUGUGUCAGAUGACCGCAACUCUUCACCAUCGCGGAAACGUAGGAAAACCAAGAAAGAGCGGGACUUAUCAUCAAAACGUAAACAGAAAGAAGAAUUUGUAAUUAACAGCAGUUCAGAGUGUAGCGGGCAGGAUGAUGACAACAUUCCCCUGACAGAACUUCGACAGAGGAUGCUUUUUCAGAGGGCGCCUGAGGAACUUGAGGACGUUUGUAUGGUGGAGACUGGCUCAGAAGAUGGUGCUGCACAUGUCACAGUGCCAAGACGUAGUCUGCUUGAGGACGUUCAGCUGGACAGUACCUUUGAAUCUGAGGAAAAUGUCCACCCUGUCAGGAGUCAAAGAUUCAAACUGGGACCUGAAAGACUGGCAUCUGUUCGGGCAGCAGUAAAAAGUACAAUUGCUCGGUCAUCAGACAAGGGACGUAUUGAUGAUUCUAUAAAGCAGCUAGUGGGACCAGCUGAUUCAGUCACUCAAAUACAGGUGGCUGGAGAAAGUGUGUUUGUGGCCUAUCAGAAAUCCAACCCAUGCCGCUUCAAUUUAGAGAGUGGUGCUCUUUUAGGCCAAUAUGAUUGUAGCCCAUGCUGCGUUCGAAGUCUUGCCGUGGUCACCAUUGACAAAAAGCUUUGCAUGUAUGCAUGUGGACCUUCUGAAAGACUGUUUUUAUUUGAUUGUGAGACAUAUGCUAUACUAAAGGACAUGGAGUUGAUUUAUCAAGUACAGUGUAUGCAUGAAUCAUGGGGCCGUCUCUAUCUGGGUACUGACUAUGGCGCUGUCAUUGGAAAGGAUGCAAAAACUGGGAAGACAUUUGAGAGUUUCCAAUGCUGUGAUCAGUCUGUUACCUGUAUUGCUUCUGGCCUGGAAGGUGUUCGAAAAAUCCUUCUGGUAGCUGCCUACACCUCACCGAUCUAUGUGUGUGAUGCCAUCUCUGGCCUACUCCUUCGUAUGUUGGAAGGCCAUAGCAAGACUGUCUUCUGCAUGGAGGUUGUUGGUCACAUGGUGUACAGUGGAUCAGGGGACAGAAAGGUCAUAGAACAUAAUUUGUUGACCAGUGAGGUUUCUUGGAGCUAUGGAGAAGGUGAAGGUUUGGUUCGUGGUGUAACUACAGACAAACAAGGACAUUUGUUUUAUGGGGGACAAGACCAGUACAUCAGGUGUUACAACAGACAGAAUCAUCAGCUCUACUGUCUGUUUUAUGUGGGGAAAUCUCCUGUUCUCUCUAACAUUGUCACACAAAAGGACAAGAUUCUGUAUGGUAACAAGGAAGGAGUGGUGGAAAUGUUAACAAUGGAAACCAAUCCAAACAGAUGUCAGUGUGGUGAUUGCUCAUACUCAUUUGGACUGAAGGGGCACCUGUUCCAUCACAUGGUGUCAGACCAUCUUUCUCUCAACUCUCGUUUAUUUAAUUGUCCCUGGAAGGGCUGUACUAACCGACUCUCAACAUAUCAGAGUAGUAAGGAAGCUGAAGAACAUUUAAAGGAACACCUAGAGCGACAAUGACAGCUUUGGUAAAUCAAAUAUGAUGUUGCACACCAAAAGUUUAAUACCUUUUAACUUGUCAGUUAAAACAAUGAUAAUAACCAGUAGCUGUCUGAAAGAUAAAAAAGCAUGCUGUGAUCAUGUGUUCAUUGUCCAUCAUCUGCUCUUCCAUUUCAUUUUCUCAGACAUAUAUCAUUGUAUUUUAAAAGUGACAAAAAAGUGCUAUGGCUGCAAAUGAGCAUGGCUUAAUUGGAAGGAUUAGGAGAUCCAUAUAACUUGAUGUUUUCAUAAUUUCAGUAGAGCCAACCCCCCCCCCCCCCCCCCUCCCUCCAACCUCUGCAUUAUUAACACAAUUUGAUCCAGUUUUGUUAUAUGCCAUCUGCCAUCUCUUUAAGAGGGGGUAUAUACAGUGUUUCCUGCCCUAUUGCAUCCUCUUCCAAAUCAAAUUCACACUUGAGAAUCUCUCAGUGGGUUUGGUUCAUAUUGAUAUUAAGUUCUACACCUGAUCAUAUUAAGGUGCUCAUUGGUCAAGAUUAAACAGUCAAAGGUCACAUUUGACAACUCUUGGAAUAAAAAUGUUGUGUACAAGAUAUUUCAUGUUCACAUCAUACAUAGUAUCUCAGCAUCAAGUUUUAUACAGGAUCAGAUUCUGGUGGUCAUCCAUCUUAGUGAAAUGGUCAAAGACUACAUUUGACAACAUAAAGGUUGAGUACAAAAAAUUUCAUGGACUUCAGUACAGAUUUGGUUCAUAUUCUGCCUACAGUACUGUAACAAAAAUACCUGUUUGCAUAGGAAUGGGAGUAUUCAUGUCUUUGAAAUAUAUUUUUAAAUAUUUGAAUGAAUUGGCCUGACCAAUAUUGUUUUAGUUUUAAGAAGCAAAGUCACUUAAAAUUUUUAUUAUAUACUACAAUUUUGAUAUUCAAUCUAUUAGUCCAGUGAAAACUGCUAAUAUCGUGUUUAUUGAAACAAAUUUUACUUGAAUCCACUUUGGAGGUUGGAUUUUAGAUGGUGAACAAAACUAAAGUAAAAGUAAAGAAGAAUCUUAUUUAGUUUAAAUUCCAUACAUUUUAAUUUUUUAAUGUGGUAUUAUUUGUUUGUUCCUAUGUUGUUAUACAGAUGUUGCCAUAUUUGUUGCUUUGCUGUGCAUUUAAUAUAACAUUGUUGAAUAAAUAUAUAUGUAUA